GAGGCUUGGAUCUUCUUAUAAUUUCGGUUUACGUCCUAAAAUGAGAUUUAAAAACAGAUGGACGGUGUGGAUAUACAGAAAAUACAUCAACGUUGGCCCCACACGGUUAGGUUAACACCCACUAAGUUGUUAGCCGGGUAACUGCUAAUCCGCUCCCGAUAAGGUUUGGAUUUUCCGCCGGGAAUUUUAAACUUUAAAAAAAAGGAUAGCCGUUAGAUUAAAACGAAAGGUUGCCCUCUGCACUUGCUUUGCUUUUUUCAUCGGUACAGAAACCCCAAAACCAUUCUCAAAAUGAACUCAGAUGUAUUCAUUGGCAAAUCAUCUGCAGACCUCUGAAAUGAACCAUCUUUUUCUGUCAUGGCCCUGGACUUCCAUUCCUGUGCUAGCCUGCUGCGAUCGUGCAGGACCCACUGUUCGAUCCUGCAAGGGAAACAGAUCCACGUCAUCCUUUUCAAAACAGGCCUUGAUUCGGUUCUCUUCUUUGGGAACUGCCUUCUCCAAAUGUAUACAAGAUGCGGUGAUAUGAGUAAUGUGCGGCGCUUGUUUGACGAAAUGUCCCAGAGAAACAAAUUCACAUGGAAUGCAUUGCUUGAAGCCUAUUUGAAGGCAGGGGAUUACAAAGGCUCAAUCGAGCUGUUCAAUUCUAUGCCCCACAAGAACGUUUUCUCAUGGAAUGCUGUCAUCUCUGGAUUUGCAAAAUGCGGGAAUCUGGAGACUGCCAGACAGUUAUUUAAUGACAUGCCUAUGAGAAAUGCAACUGCUUGGAAUUCCAUGAUCCAUGGUUAUGUUCGUCAUGGGCGGCCUCAAGAAGCUUUAUGGUUGUUUAAGAGUUUGAAAUUGGAUUCCGUUGAAUCAUCGCAGAUUGAUAAUUUCAUAUUGGCAACGGCCAUUGGUGCCUGUGCCAAUUUGGAAGCUCUUGAUUGUGGCAAGCAAAUCCACACUCACAUAGUUGUUAGCAAAGUGGAAUUCGAUUCAGUUUUGGGCAGCUCCCUUGUCAACAUGUAUGGAAAAUGCAAGGAUUUAGAUAGUGCUAGUCAUGUUUUGAAUUUGAUGAAAGAACCCGAUGAGUUUUCUUUGUCGGCACUGAUCUCAGGCUAUGCAAAUUGUGGUAGAUUGAUUGAUGCACUUAGUGUCUUCCAUAGAAGAAACAAUCCAAGUGCUGUUUUAUGGAAUUCCAUGAUCGCUGGUUAUGUUGCUAAUAAUGACAGUGAAGAAGCAUUGCAGCUUUUCAAUAUGAUGAGGUUGGACGGAAUUCAGGCAGAUUCAUCAACCUUUGCCAGUGUUUUAAGUGCAUGUGCAAUCUUGUGUGCGCUUGAAGAUGGCAAGAAAAUACAUGCUUAUGCUUGCAAAGUUGGGAUUGCUAAUGAUAUGAUUGUCGCAAGCACUCUUGUUGACAUGUACUCCAAGUGUGGGAGUUCAGAUGAUGCUUGUAAUUUUUUCAGUGAGCUUGAAGAAUAUGACACUAUUUUGCUCAAUUCCAUGAUAUCUGUGUAUUCUAAUUGUGGGAGAAUCCAGGAUGCAAGAUGGGUCUUCAAUAUGAUGCCGCAAAGAAGCUUGAUUUCAUGGAAUUCGAUGAUUGUCGGUUAUAGUCAUAACAAUUGUGCCAUUGAAGCACUUGAUCUCUUCCGUGAAAUGCAUAGGCUGAAUUUGAGGAUGGACAAGGUUGGUCUGGCCAGUGUAAUCAGCACUUCUGCUAGCAUCUGUUCUCUCGGACUUGGAGAACAGAUCUUUGCUCAUGCUACCAUCAUCGGCCUUGAGUCUGAUCAGAUUAUCUCUACUUCACUUGUCAAUCUGUAUUGUAAAUGUGGUAAUGUCGAAGAUGGGCGAAGAGUGUUUGAUGAGAUGAGAAAAUUCAAUGAAGUUCCAUGGAAUUCAAUGUUAAUGGGUUAUGCUACAAAUGGAUACGGGAAAGAAGCGCUGAAACUAUUUGAAGACAUGAGAAAUGCAGGGGUGAGACCAAACGACAUCACUUUUGUGGGGGUCUUAUCAGGUUGCAGCCACUCUGGACUGGUGGAGGAAGGAUUGAGAUGGUUUCAUGCAAUGAAGAACAAUUACCAUAUCGACCCAAUGGUUGAACAUUACUCAUGCAUGAUUGAUCUAUUUGCUCGCGCAGGUUGCCUUGAGGAAGCAAUGGACUUCAUUGACAAAAUGCCGUUCAAAGCUGAUGUAAGCAUGUGGUCAUCGGUGCUGAGAGGAUGCAAGGCUUGUGGAAAUGAGUCACUCGGAAGAAAGGCUGCAGAGCAGCUUAUCAAGCUUGAUCCUGAGAACUCGGGUGCUUAUGUGCAGCUAUCUAACAUAUAUGCUGCUAGAGGGGAGUGGGAGAGAUCAGCGCUAGUUAGAAAUAUGAUGCUAGAAAGGAGAGUCAGAAAGAAACCCGGUUGCAGUUGGGUCGAUGAUUGAACAAGAAAAAUCAUUAUGAACUCAUGGCAACUCUCAUCGGGAGGCUUGUGUCCAUGCUUCUCCGUGAUUAAGGUGAAGCAAGACAUGCUUGGAAGCUGAAAUGCUUGAACCAUCCCCCAAGUUACUAUGGAGAAUUGACAUCAACCAUUAGAUUUACAGCGAGUUCAAUUCCAUUACUAGUUAAUAUCAAUAGACACAGCAAAAUUUUUCUUUCCAAUUUAAUGUAAGGUAGAAAAGAAUACAAACAAUCUCAGCUAAAGAUAGCACGACGUUUCGCUUCCCGCA